GAGCGACUCCUUGCAUCUCUCGCAAGGGGCCGGUGAUCUCUGCGCUCUAUCAAGUACUGUAGUUUGAUUUUUUUUUUUUUUAGAAAACCGUGACCCAUAGAGGCUGUGAUUGGUCUUAUUUUGAUGCUACGGGAUUUUAUUAUUAUUAUUUUUUAAUUAAAGAAAAAAAAACAAAAAACAAAAAAACUUGGAGGAAAUAAAGCAGCAGAAAUUCAAUAUAUCUUUCUAUUCCGAUCCGCAGCUGGAGGCAAGGAUUUGUGUUACUGGUUAAAAAUUACAUGGAAUGAAAUUCUUUCGAUUUGAAAUACGUUACCUAACAUGAGUGAGAGUUACUUACAGCAGAAUGUAUUACGUGCGUGAUUGACAGCAAUUUGACAGAAACGACAUGCAAAAACUAAGUUAUGUACUAUGGAAAAGCUGUAGGAAAAUAAAGGAAAUAAUUCACCAAAUUCUUUCCAGGCAUAUAACAGUUAAUCCAUUCUUAUAGAAAGUUUGGAUUCUAACUUCUGUCGGACAAAAUAUAUUAAUUUAUAUGUACUGUAAUUACGUAUCUAUUCAACCAGGGGGGGUUAGAAAGUUCAUUCAACAGCAAGAUGCUUCCAGUAUUAAUAACCGUGUGCUUUAUAAUAUAUCAAGUGCGACCCGGUCUGGGGUGCCAGCUUCCUUCUGAUUGGAGACCCCUCAGUGAGGGAUGCAGAGCUGAGCUUGCAGAGAUUAUAGUGUAUGCCAAGGUGUUGGCUCUGCAUCAUGACGUGUACAGCAUGUACAAUUACUUACCUUACCAAUAUGAAGGCAGCGAGGGGGAUCUCUUCUACUCGGCAGAGAUUGAGCUGCUUUGUGACCAAGCCUGGGGCAGCAUGUUGGAGGUGCCGGCUGGAUCUAGACUGAACCUCACUGGCCUGGGCUACUUCUCCUGUCAGUCACACACUGUUGUACAAAAUUACUCCUACGUCUUUUUUCUUCGCAUGGAUGAAAACUAUAACAUACUUCCUCAUGGAGUGAAUUUCCAGGAUGCGAUCUUCCCAGACACUCAUGAAAACAGAAGGACCUUUUCCAGCCUCUUUCAGUUCUCCAAUUGCUCUCAUGGACAGCCCCCCCAGAUCUUCAGCAAUGAGUGGGAGGUAGAGGAGGACAGCCGGCUCCUGUGCUCCUCUGUGCAGAUGGCCCUCUUUGAGGAGGAGGAUCGUACAAAGAGGCUGCAGGAGAAGAUCGCUGUCCUGGAGAAGCGCAAUAAGCAGCUGAGAGACCGCGUCAAGAAGGUCAAGAGGUCACUGCGGCAGGCCCGCAAAAACAGCCGGCGUAUGGAGCAAGCUAACAAGAAACUGCAGGAGAAACUGGUAGAGGCAGUCAGCGAGCACGGCCCCCAUCCUAACUCGCCCUCCAUUUUCCUCAAGGUGUAAUGCGCAACGCACGUGUUGCAGUGACUGUUGGUGAGCCAUUAACCUUGCUCCCUUUUCGAUGGGCACGCAUGGAGGUUGCUGGGCAAUCUUCGUUACUGAAAUGUUUCUUGGGUAAUGGUCACAAAAGUAUGUGU